UACUAUAUGGAGAAAGGUCCCUGUUCACAUAAAUGGAAGCAACUACAUGUUGGUGAUUAUCAACAUGACAAUUUACUUUGGAAUGCACAAGUUCAUGAUGAGCAAGUUUGUGAUAGUUGUCAAAUGCACAUUUGUUCUAGUUGUGGUAAUCCUUUUUCAGAUGAGGAGUAUUCCAGUUCUUCCGUACCCAUCCCAUAUGAUACCCAUAUAUCAUCAGACCAUGAGUUGACAGAAUGGAGAAGAAAAUGGCCAUUUCAGAAUAAGCCUGAUCAACAAAUGAACCUAUGUCGAGAUCAAGUUUCUUCACUCGAAAACACAGGGUAUAUUAUACAAAAGUCCAAAAUGAAGAUAUCAUUGAAAAGAAAAAGGUCAGACUCAAAUCUUAGUAUAGAUCAGUUAUCGAGAUACUUUGAUUUGCCACGGAAGGAAGCCGCUCAACAAUUGGGAGUUUGUGUGACUCUAUUAAAAAGGAGAUGCCGAGAACUAGGAAUCCAUUGUUGGCCUUUUCGUAAGAUGCGUUGUUUAGAUGAUCGAAUAAGACAUUUGCAAAUAAGAAAAGAACAAUCUAUUUCGGAUGUUUCUAUCGAUCAACAAAUUAGGAUACUUCAGCAAAGACGCCAGUCCUUGUUGAAGAACCCUAAUAUAUCGUUGCAGCAGUUAUUAGGUGACGAAGAUGAAAUAUCUUGGUCUGGUCUCCCAUAAGCCAAUUCAGUUCAUUUUAUAUAAAAGUUUGUGCCAAGUA